AUGCCUUCUCAAAACACACCUUCGGUGACAUAUCGAGGGCACCGGCAGUGUGUUGGAAAGGGCUCCUAUGCCAGCCACUCCACUGUAUCGAUGUGUAUUCCCAGUGGAAUGGACGUUAUUGCGAAGCGCCGAGUGAGCCCAGCCUGGCUUGUGGCAGCAACACAAGACAGCGCCUGUACAGGCUUCCUUCCCCCUCCAUCGGCGCAAAGCACGGGCUCCGUCACAGCAGCUCGGACUGUCUUUUGGCUCUGCGCCGCCACCAGAACAGCAUCAAGGGGAAGUGUCGCCGCGUCGGUUGGCAUGGUGGGCCUUGUCUCUGCAUAUUCCGUCAUGCAUGCGAGGUCUGCCAGCGCAUCAAGUGGUGGCCCGAGACGCCAUGGGAAGAAUAUGAACCCCACUCCAACUGCUUGUCUUUGUUGCAACAACCUGAGCUUUGGCUUAUAUACAGGAGAACUAACAUUAUUUGGUUGGACAGAUCUCACGACGCGAAGUGCAAGAGGAUUAAACCGUCUCUAA